GUGAGAGUCGCAGCGGACGUCCGACAGGUUCGACAACCUGUUCUUGGGAGCCUCGACCAUCAUGUCGUCGUCGCCGACUUCACCUACUAACCACUCCUCCUCUCCCUUUCCCUCACCUAGUCCUUCUUUGCCUGCUUGGCACUUUCCCUUUGGUCCUUCUUCUAUUUACCACCAGCGCGAGCGCCCUAAGCCGCAGCAUACGCGCUUUAACAGCUCGUACACUCCGAGAGCUCCUGUCUUGAGCACGGAGAAACGAGCGCAUCGACGCGCGCAGAACAGUAGUCUGGGCAGCUUGACAUCCCCGCCGUUGAGCGAAUGCAGCCGAAGCCCGCUAUCACGAUUUGCAAGCUACCCUUCGACAAUGGCGAAGUCCAAGAACAAUAAUGCGCCAAUUACACCUGCGAAAAGCUCACGUCACAGCCUUUCUUCACUGCAAGGUUCGCCUUUCUCGGAUUACUUCUCGGACGACGCGCGAUCUUCCAUCAACCACAACCACGCCAUUCCUUCAUAUGAAACGAAAGCAUUGCUUGUCAGGAUGAACAAAUUGCAGGCGCAACUCAUGCGCGACAAUUCCGAACAUCAGCGCCAAUCAAUAAACAUCGUCGAGAAGAAGUUGGGUGAGAUAGAGUUGGAGCUGAACGCAUUGCACUCUCAGACAAGGUUGCCGGGUGAGAUUGAAGACUCGGCAGUAGUGUCGUCGGAACAGGAUGGAGCUGCGAAGGCACCGUCCCACAGUCGUGGACCAUCGACUCAGAGCGCCAACAGCAGCGCGGUCUUCAGCGAUGAUCAAACAACACCCGAAAACUACAAAGCCGAGCGAGACUGGCUGCUCCUCCGUACGCAAGAACUUCUUGAAAACCUCAGCAGUGUCACAGCCGAGCUUCGCCAACGCCACAACGAAGUCAAGGAGAUGAAUGAGGCUCACAGCGUGGAGAUCGAAGAAAAAGACACCCAAAUCGAACAGCUUCGUUCUGAAAACGAAGGCCUGCGUCAGGAUCUCGGCUUCGAAUAUAGCGAACUGCUCUUUCUCAAGCUCCAGAUGAAUGCACUAGAAUGCGAAAUGUCAGAGCUCCGCGACGAGAAAGAUGACGGACCACCGACGAACGCAGCAGAAAGAGCGCGCCGCGAAAAGAAGAAUCGCAUUCUAUCCGAGCUGGACCGCUGGCGGACAGACUCGGAUUGGCAAGAUGUUUCAGCACGUUUCAAACACCGACGCAGUAAAUACGGUAUCACAACAUCUCCGACCGCUUCUUCCACAUCUCUUCUCAACGCCGACCCAGAGAUCGAGUGGCAACUCGAAACUCAGCGCGAAACCCGCGGCCGCAUUACCAAUUUGACCAUUAAACGCAUGGACAGCAAUUCUGGCGAAGGAGAAGAAGAAGUGCAACCCGUCACCUUGAAUGGUACGACGGCAACACUCCCACUCCCACCACCUAAAUUCCCCUCUCCCCCUACGUUCACUUACGUCGAAACCUCCACCCAAACCUCCGACUUUUACAUCCCGGAGGAAGAGGACAACCUACUCUGCAACAACGAUGACGAGCAUUCCAAUCCCGACCUCGAUGACGAAUGCGCAAUCACAACUUCCGCAUCCUCAGUCAUUCUUGAUCCCUACGAAAACGUCGAGGAAGCAGAAGAAGAAGAAGACGAAAAAACCUUAAAAUCUGCUGAUCUACGUUGGAAACCCGCUUGGAAAGAACUUUGGGCUGGGUUACAAAGUCUUUCGGGAAUGGUUGAUGAGGAUGAGGAUGAGGAAGAUGAUUGAAAUCAUGCACAUGUUUUUUUUGACGGCUGAUGCAUUGGCUUGGACAUGCAUACACUCAUUUUGAAAAAGAGGAGGAAGAAAGGAAGGAAGGAAUAGAUGAUACCCCCCGCCACGGCGCAGGAAAAGUUUGUGGAGAACUCUUCUCGUAUUUUCGUUUUUGGCAAGUGAGGUGAUGUGCUUUUUUCCGGGCAUUUGCAUCACUUUUUAGUAGUUAGCAUGCAUAGAGCGAUGCAUUGGCGGCGUAGGUUAUUACGGUAAUGUUCAAAAAGUUUGAAGAGC